GUGAGGUGGGAGGGAGUGGACGAGAAGGUGGCGAGGGUGGUGGCGGAGGCGAACCUCGACCACGCGCCCGAUCGGCGCCGCGUGCGCGAGGCGUUCAAGGAGGCGCAGCUCGGGAUCGAUCACUGCUUGUUCAAGGCACAAUACGCUGGAGUCAAAACGAAGGAGUCUUAUGUUCGUAACUCUAGGGGCAUUGAGAUUUUCUCCAAGAGUUGGCUUCCAGAGAACUCUAGAAUCAAGGCGCUUGUUUGUUUUUGUCACGGUUAUGGAGACACCUGCACUUUCUUCUUUGAAGGAAUUGCAAAGAAGAUAGCUUCAGCUGGAUAUGGGGUUUUUGCUUUAGAUUACCCUGGGUUUGGUCUUUCAGAAGGUCUACAUGGAUAUAUACCGAGCUUUGAUGCUCUAGUUGAUGACGUAAUUGAGCACUUCUCCAAAAUCAAAGCAAAUCCUGAGUACAAAGGUAUUCCCAGCUUUCUAUUUGGUCAAUCAAUGGGAGGAGCAGUUGCAUUAAAAAUACACUUCAAACAGCCUGAUGCAUGGGAUGGUGCAAUAUUAGUAGCACCAAUGUGCAAGAUAGCUGAAGAUGUUGUUCCUUCCUGGCCUGUUCAGCAAAUUUUGAUUUGUAUAGCUAAAAUACUUCCCAGAGAGAAGUUGGUUCCUCAAAAGGAUUUAGCUGAGUUGGCAUUCAAAGAUCUAAAAAAGAGAGAACAGACUUCUUACAAUAUAAUUGCUUACAAGGAUAAACCACGGCUCCGGACUGCACUAGAGAUGCUCAGAACUACCCAAGAGAUAGAGAGCAGACUAGAAGAGGUAUCAUUACCGCUAAUAAUUCUACACGGAGAGGCCGACCUCGUGACGGAUCCUUCAGUGAGCAAGGCUCUAUACGAGAAGGCGAGCAGCUCGGACAAGAAGCUAUGCCUAUACAAAGAUGCAUACCAUUCCCUUCUUGAAGGUGAGCCCGACGAGACGAUAUUCAGUGUCCUCGACGACAUCAUCUCUUGGCUCAACGCCCACUGUACGACAAGUACUGCAUCAUAAUCAGGUGUACAGAAUCAAGAAGCCUAGCAAAAUUCUCCAAGUUAGUUUCUCCAUGCCAUUCUAUGUUUUAUUACUUCUUUUUCUGAUUAAAAUUCGCGAGAGGACUGAUCUAUUUUGUCUGUAACAAUUAAUUCAAUCCAUCUUUGUAUAUUUGGAAUAAUCUUAGGUGAAUUCUUUGGUACAUAUUUUUCUGUAUUUUCUCUUUGAGUUACUAGUUUCAAUUCUUUGCCCUCCCCGUGAAGGGCAUGCUCUUAUGGCAAAACUAAAACAAUGUUUCAGAUGUACUCAGGUUUAACAAUGUGAAACGCUCAAUUGUUUAGAGCAA